UGUACAGUCUCGUACCAAUACAGAUUCCUAAUUCUCUAACUCAUUGACCAUAGUCAAUGGUCAGUAUCUAUUCGAGCUGCAAUCUGGACAUUAGUGAUCGGAAUUGAGCUGCAAGCUGCCACCUGCCACCAUUCGUUGAUAAGUGAUGUUAACUUUUCCAUGAACAGCUGUGUCGUGUUCUUUGCUUUGAAAAUUUCCCUGUUUCUUAUUUUUUUUUGUUUACCCUUUCAAUGUUCUAGGUCUGAAACAAUCAUAGAGAAGAAGAUAUUGGUCUUAAAAAAAUGGUGGGAAACCUGAAAAGCAAAAAAGAAAAAAAGAAAAAAAGCAAAGAACACGUGAAUGCUGUCAAUGAUUUUUUUUUUUUUUGAAGUUUAGUCGGGUUUAACGGGGAGUAAUUUUUUUCUUUUUUUUGUAUAAAGUGAAACUUAACUCUUCUCUGUCUCUUUCUCACAUACACCCACCAUUAACCUUGCUAGGAAGGGUUUUUGAGAUGUCCAUUAUCUCUUUUCGGGUUGACAUGAUUGUUGUAUAUAUAUUUCAGUUUUGUUACAAGUUCAAUUUCAACCUGUAUACCAUUAUUUUUCCUUUAGAAUUGCUUGAACUAUUAGCUAAAUCUAACUCCUUUAGAAGUGCUCAUGGGAUUGUCACUUUCCCCAAUUCUCUCCCACUCAGAAAACCAGCAUUAGCAUUGCAAUACUAAUAUAUUUUAACAUCAUACCCUCAUUUACUUCCUUCUUAGCUUGCACUUUUUGUUGAACACUAAUAUUCCCCUAACUCAAAAGACUCACUUUUCUGUGUAGUAACCUAUGAUGAGCAUGAAAACCAGUAACAGGAAAAUGAGAAAGGAUUUUAUGUGCCACUCUCAGACUUCAACAGCUGUGUGCAUGACUACCCGUGAUCCUCAAUCUGUAAUUGAUCCUAGGAAGCUUGACAGAAGUGUUUUUGUUGAUGAUACCAGAUUGAUCAACUAUGCUAAGUACUCCAAACUUGUUGAGUUUCCCAAGUCCAAUGCAGUUCCAAAUAUUAAUAAUAGAGGGCAGGAUCAAGAUCAAGUGAAUGAAUCAAGGGAACUUCAGAAAACACCAACGAUUGCAUGUCUUUCAGUUGGGGUUUUGGCUAAAAAGAGUGACUCUGUUAAGGUGAAGGAAACGAUUCGGUUGUUUAACAAACACUAUCUUCAUUUUAUUCAGGAAGAGGAGACGAGAUGUGGGAAGAUACAAGCUGAAAGGAAAGAAGCUAAAAAGGUUUUAAAAUCUAAUGAGAAGAAAGCAGCUAAAAAUGUUUCAAAAUCUAAGAAAGGCGCUCCACCUGAAGAUUUAAAGUCCAAAGCCAAGAGGCCUGAUCUGAAGGCCAUACCAAAGAUGAUGAAUAAUAAUGAGAUACUGUACCCUGUGAAAAGAGUUGGCAACAUUCCAGGUGUUGAAGUUGGGCAUCAAUUCUGUUCUCGUUGUGAAAUGGUAGCAGUUGGCAUGCAUAGUCAUUGGCUAAACGGGAUUGAUUCUAUGUCCUUGUACAAUAAAAAAGUGGACAACAGCUACAAAUUCCCUGUUGCUGUGUGCAUUGUUUUGUCUGGCAUGUAUGAGGAUGAUGUGGAUAACGCUGAGGAUGUUGUGUACACUGGUCAAGGUGGGCAUAAUCUGACCGGUGAUAAGCGUCAAAUUGCGGAUCAACAAUUAAAGUCGGGUAAUCUAGCACUCAAGAACUGCGUUGAGCAAUUAGUUCCUGUUAGGGUGGUUCGUGGUCAUGAAUCUUCGAGCAGUUACUCUGGUAAAGUCUACACUUAUGAUGGUUUGUACAAGGUUGUCAACUAUUGGCUAGAAAAGGGAAUAUCUGGAUUUAUAGUAUAUAAAUUUCGACUUAGGAGACUUGAAGGGCAGUCUACAUUAACCACUAAUCAGGUUUAUUUCACUCGUGGACCCAUACCUCAGUCAUCUGAACAAAUACAAGGGUUGGUAUGUAAGGAUAUCACUGGAGGUCAGGAACAUCCACCCAUUCCUGCUACGAAUUUGGUUGAUGACCCCCCUGUUUCACCCACAGGUUUCACAUAUUAUAAGUCCGUCAAGGUUGCAAAUAAUGUGACGGUUCCCAAAAAUGCUACUGGGUGCAAAUGCAAAGGCUUUUGUAUUGAUCCGAAAACUUGUGAAUGUGCGUUGCUUAAUGGCUCAGAUUUUCCCUAUGUAUCUCGGGAUGGUGGCAGGUUAGUUGAAGCCAAAGAUGUAGUUUUUGAAUGUGGCCCCAAAUGUGGUUGUGGUCCUGGUUGUGUGAACCGAACUUCUCAAAGAGGACUUAGAUAUCGUUUGGAGGUUUUCCGUACUGCAAAGAAAGGAUGGGCCGUUAGAACUUGGGAUUUUAUACCUUCUGGAGCCCCAGUUUGUGAGUACACAGGAAUACUUGCUAGGACGGAAGAUAUGGAAAGUGUAUUGGAAAACAAUUAUAUUUUUGACAUAGAUUGCUUGCAAACAAUCAAGGGGCUUGGUGGAAGAGAGAGGCGGUCAAAUAAUGUAGCAGUUCCUGCAAAUCUUUUGGACAAAUGCGAUGACCAAGGUUCUGAAAGUGUGCCGGAGUUUUGUAUUGAUGCAGGAUCUACUGGAAAUAUUGCUAGGUUUAUAAACCAUUGUUGCGAGCCUAAUCUGUUUGUUCAAUGUGUUUUGAGCACACACCAUGAUUUGAAAUUGGCUCGAGUAGUGUUGUUUUCUUCCGACAAUAUAUCCCCUUUGCAGGAGCUGACAUAUGACUAUGGCUAUGCGCUUGAUAGUGUCUUUGACUCCAAUGGGAAGAUAAAGCAAAUGCCAUGCUACUGUGGAGCCCCAGGCUGCAGGAAGCGAUUGUUCUAAGUGUGUUGCUUGGUCCUUUUUGAUGAAUGUUGUAUGGGUGUUGUACGUGGUCUUUUUGCAAAACUAGAGGUCGUAUUUUUCCUAAAACUUACGCUCAAAUGUGCUAUAUUCAUACAUGAUUGAUUUGUUGUAUCUGUAAAUGAUAGCAAAAAUGACAAUGUCAUUUUUUAUGCAAGUCCAAAAGGAUGAAA